CAUCAUCAAAUAACUCGGUGACCUGGGCUAAAAUCAAUGUACCAAACCUGAUGGGUCAAAUGCUACAUACGAAACAAAACGACGUAACACAGGCAAAAGUGCAAAACUCCUUGUGCCCAGUAGUGUUCCUAUUCGUUCAUACAACGAAGAAGAAGCUAAACGAUGUCGUUUAUGCGAGGGGAUUUUCUUUCUCGAACGAGGAAGCUCGUGAAGGGUUUGGCUAAGGCGCAACCCGCGUGGCUCAAAGCCAUGGAACAGGCACCACCUGCAAAGUUUCCUCGAUCUGCAGGGAAAAUUCCGACCAUCACUCUUCCUGAGGAUGUUUAUGUGAAGAAGUUUUAUAAGAAAUAUCCGGAAUCUAAAUCCCAUGACGCCAUAAAGUAUUUCCCUUUGUUCCAUUUGGAAUGUUUGAGCAUCUAGUUCUGGUUUCUGCAUUGCCGUAUGAUGUGUGUUAUCUUGUUAUGUGUCUGGUCUCCUUGUUGUAAUAUGACGUGGCCACGAGAGAAAAUUGUAGGCGAGGUUCUAAAUUUAGGUUCUUGAAUGAGGGAAAUCAUAAUGUCAUGCCUAUUUGGUUUAGGUAAAUGUUUUAAUUACCAAAAUGUCAUUUUAUUUUUUUACUUUGUUUCCUGUUUUAAAAAUCUUUAUACGAAAGUUUUGCCACUA